CGAGCUGAAGAUUAAUAACGUCACGAGGUCGUUUUUUUCGAGUUCCAAGUUGUCUUGAACGAAACUUAAAUUCCGUAUUCUUGCCACUAGUUUCAUACUAGCCUACGUCGCUGAUAUCACCAGGAGAACGCAGUGUCAUGGUCACUCUAUUAUUCCCAUUCUACCAGCUAUAAUAACCUAAUGGAAAAAGUAGAGAGGUUACGAGGUAAUCUGAGAGUGAAAAUAUCUUCAGAUUGUGUUUGUCAGCUGAUGAGGACUGGCUGAGGAUGAUGAAGAUGACGCAUAUACAGGGGACACCCCAGCAGUGUCAGGGGCUGCAGGGACCUCUGUGAUUGUUGACCCUACCUCAUCCCUAAUCUCCCCAGCUCUGCAGGGGCUCACCAUGGCCACUCUGAGGACACCCUUGGUCCAAACCAGCUUGGUCAAAGACUUUAACCACUUCAUUACCUGCUACCUGUGCAGAGGUUACCUGAUCAAACCCACCACGGUCACUGAGUGCCUGCACACAUUUUGUAAGAGCUGCAUCAUCCAGCACUUUGAAGACCGUAAUGACUGUCCCAAAUGUGGCAUUCAAGUCCACGAAACGAACCCUCUAGAGAUGCUAAGGUUGGACAAUACUCUUGAGGAAAUCAUUUUCAAGCUUGUGCCUGGAUUACGAGAAAAAGAGGGACAGCAGGAGAUUGAUUUCUGGAGGAAGAAUAAAUCAAAAGAAAAUUCACAAGGAGACUGCCUUGGGUCGAAGAAGCUUGGGCUCAGUGAUGAGGAUGAUGAUGAUGACCAGGAUUACCACAGGAGCGACCCCCAGAUAGCCAUCUGCCUCGACUGUCUCCACAACAAUGGCUAUGCUGCAGACAACACAGUGAAGUGUUUAUUGAAGAAGUUCAUUCAUUGCUCUAGUCGAGUCACGGUGGGAACCAUCAAGAAGUUUCUCAGUCUAAAGUUAAAACUUUCUAGCUCUUGUGAGCUGGAUGUGCUGUGUAAUGGGGAGAUCAUGGGGAAGGACCACACUCUGGAGUUCAUCUACAUGACCCGCUGGAGGCUGCACAGUGACCACCUGUCUUUACCUUCCGUGCCCUCCGACCAGCUGUCUUUACCUUCCCUGCCCUCCGACCAGCUGUCUUUGCCUUCCCUGCCCUCCGACCAGCUGUCUCUACCUUCCCUGCCCUCCGACCAGCUGUCUCUACCUUCCCUGCCCUCCGACCAGCUGUCUUUACCUUCCCUGCCCUCCGACCAGCUGUCUUUACCUUCCCUGCCCUCCGACCAGCUGUCUUUACCUUCCCUGCCCUCCGACCAGCUGUCUUUACCUUCCCUGCCCUCCGACCAGCUGUCUUUACCUUCCUUGCCCUCGGGUGGACAUGGGGCAGUGGUGGAAAAAAGAUAUCCCAUGGUCCUGGAGUACAGGCCACGAAUAGACUUUGGGUGAACGAAGCCCUGGAAGCCUUCAUAGACAAACAAAGCAAGGACUGGAUGUACAUGCAGCCAAGGCUAGGAACUCUGUCCUUCCAAACCUUUCUGAACUUCUCUACAUUUGACCAUUUUGUUUUUUCCUUCUCAUUCUGUUUCAUUUAGUUGCGUCCUUCGUUGUUGGAACAUUCUGUGUCCUUCGUUGUUGAAACAUUCUGUGUCCUUCGUUGUUUGAACAUUCUGUGUCCUUCGCUGUUUGAACAUUCUGUGUCCUUCGUUGUUGGAACAUUCUGUGUCCUUCGUUGUUGGAACAUUCUGUGUCCUUCGUUGUUGGAACAUUCUGUGUCCUUCGUUGUUGGAACAUUCUGUGUCCUUCGUUGUUGGAACAUUCUGUGUCCUUCGUUGUUGGAACAUUCUGUGUCCUUCGUUGUUGGAACAUUCUGUGUCCUUCGUUGUUGGAACAUUCUGUGUCCUUCGUUGUUGGAACAUUCUGUGUCCUUCGUUGUUGGAACAUUCUGUGUCCUUCGUUGUUGGAACAUUCUGUGUCCUUCGUUGUUGGAACAUUCUGUGUCCUUCGUUGUUGGAACAUUCUGUGUCCUUCGUUGUUGGAACAUUCUGUGUCCUUCGUUGUUGGAACAUUCUGUGUCCUUCGUUGUUGGAACAUUCUGUGUCCUUCGUUGUUGGAACAUUCUGUGUCCUUUGUUGUUUGAACAUUCUGUGUCCUUUGUUGUUUGAACAUUCUGUGUCCUUUGUUGUUUGAACAUUCUGUGUCCUUUGUUGUUUGAACAUUCUGUGUCCUUUGUUGUUUGAACAUUCUGUGUCCUUUGUUGUUUGAACAUUCUGUGUCCUUUGUUGUUUGAACAUUCUGUGUCCUUUGUUGUUUGAACAUUCUGUGUCCUUUGUUGUUUGAACAUUCUGUGUCCUUUGUUGUUUGAACAUUCUGUGUCCUUUGUUGUUUGAACAUUCUGUGUCCUUUGUUGUUUGAACAUUCUGUGUCCUUUGUUGUUGGAACAUUCUGUGUCCUUUGUUGUUGGAACAUUCUGUGUCCUUUGUUGUUGGAACAUUCUGUGUCCUUCGUUGUUGGAACAUUCUGUGCUUGUGGCCAAAGUGAUCUUCAAGACAAAGUAACUAAAGACAAGCUUAGCUGAAACAUGGGUGUAUGAAUAUAUCAAAGUUGUAUUUACUCCCAACUCCAAGGGCUUCCACCCAAUGCCUGACUAAAACAUGUUUUAUGUCUUUUAUAAAUGCACAUAACAUAUCCACAGAUUUGCCCACCAUCAAUCAAUUAGGGAAAUUUGCCUGUGACAGGGCACCUUAAUAAUGUUGUCAACAAGUUUCAAAGAGUCUAAACCGACGCCCAUUCGUCUUCAUUCUGUUCCAUGCUCAGUUAAUAACCAGUCUGACAAGCUGCUGAAAUCUACAAACGCUCUCUGGCAGAGGCUGGGCAACCUGCAGGAUGGGGAGAGAAACAUUAAGCCUCUCUCUCUCUUUCUCUGUCACACACACUCAACCCAUACUGCGGUGUGAUUACCCUGGCUCCUGCCAAUCUCAGACUUGUGCUAAUAGCUUUUUUGGCACCGUUCUGAGUGAGGAGGUAUUACAUUUCAGUUUUUCAGAUUGAUCAUAGUAUAUCUCUAGUCUAAACAUACUAUCUUACAUGUUUUUAAAGGGAAACUAAUGGUGUGUACAUUUCAUAUUGUUACUAGACCUUUGAUCUAAAUGUGUUUUAUGAAAUAGAUGACAUUACACCAUGAGAGUAAGAUAUAUGUAUUAUGGAUCUUGGAUAUAUUUGAUCACAGAACAGCUUUGUGCACUGUACGAGCUGGUUGGCCAUAACACUUAUUCUAUUAAUGUUGAGGUGUACUGAAGUGGUCUCUUUCAGAGUAAUUCAGUAUAGAGAAUAAGAAUAAGGUAUCUGCUUCCUUACCUAGACAUCUCAUGUUUAGCCUUUUCAUCUAUGUUGAUAUGAUUUAUAUGUGAAGAACAUUGAGGUGAAGACACGCUGUCCAUCUGCUGAAAAAUAGGAUGCAUUUUGGAAAUUUUUGGAAACAUGUACAUAUUCUUAUGUUUUACGCUGCUUAGAAUAUAUUUUUGAAAUGUACUGCCUCUGAAUCAUUCUUGAGAGCUGUGAAGAAAAAUAGUUCAUAUCUGUAUUUGAUUUAUAAUUAUUAUUCAUUAAUAAAUUAAAUGUUUUGUA